CGAAAACCUUUUUUCAAAUUACUUUAAAAAAUGUAUUGCAAGGUGUUUUUUAAACAACAAAUCUGCCUCAAUUCAGCUUAAUGACAUUAAUGGCGUUCAGAAAUGUAAACCUUCCCCAAACAUCUGGUAAGUGUGUCACGCUGUGCAACUAUGCGUCUGCAUUGCAUAUUUUUCGGUUUUUAGGUGCCACACUUGUGAACUUGUAUUGGCUGGCUGCCAAUGCACAGCGCACACACCGAGACAAAGACACAUUCUAGAUUUUCGCUCUAGCAAAAAAGGAGUUUCCGCUAUCGACUCUCACAGUCCUCUACAAAUUCCUUUGUGUUCACCUUGUCGUCGUGCUCACACUAGUUUUUAUUUUUGUUUUUUUUUUUCUACACUCUUUUUGUUGUUUUGACUAGUUUUUGUGCUGCAGUUGAAGUUUUGCCUCAUUCCCGUGCAGUCAACUCGCUUUUAUGCUUCAUUUGUUGUUUUACUUGUUGUUGUGCGCCCUUCUUUAUAUAGAGUUGUGUGGCAUAAUGCAUAUAUAACGGUAAUGGCAGUAGGAUACACUGCACCUUUUUAUUGCUCCCUACUGUUCUCCAUCACCGCCGCCGUCGCCGCCAUCAAAUGAACUAUACAAAAACGCCCAGGCGAGCUUGCGGCUUUGUGGGUAGCUAAAACAAAUACAACAACACACACAUACAUUUAAUUACACAUAUGUUUGUCUAGAUUUGCUCGCCAUGCCAAUUUGCUUGUGGAGAGCGCGAGCGCCUAAAAGAUGCACAAACAAACUCGAUUGCUCAUACGCUCCGCUCAGCCACACAAUAAGCAUUUUCUGCGUGAAUGCCAGACGAUGGAAUGCCUUAUGACGAGUGUUUUAUUUGAAUUGCAGCUGUAGCAGCAGUUUUCCACCAACGCACGCGGGCCUGGACUUGUGGUUGAGUGAUGUUGUGGAGCGCCUGUGUGUGUGUGUGUGUUUGUUGUUGUUGAUGGCUUUGCUACUUGGCUCUGACUGACUGACAUUGAAUAAUUCAAUGUUCUUUUGCUUGCUCGCUUGCUUGCUGCUGCCUGCUAUACACUCUAUUAUUGCUUGUUUUUGUAGCUGUCAUACAUGUCCUUACAAGUGCGCAUAGACACAUACAGACAAACAUACUCAUACAUACAUAUAUACUUAUGAAUACAUAUAUACCGACAUACGAAGUAUGAGCUGAGAGCAGCGCUCGCUUAGCUAUGAAGCAGGCGCUCGCGAAGUUGCUUUCAGCUUUGUUAUUCUCGUUGUUGUUGUUUUCAUUGUUGUCGUUCGUCUUCGCCUGCUGCGCUGUGUGUGUGUUGUACGACCGAAAAAUCACUCUUAGACACUCCGUAUGCCAUCGUAUCGGCCGCGCACAUUCGCGCACGGGUUUCAGCUGAAAAUGGACGUUUCGUGAGCGCUUUGGGGCAAAUUGCGUUACACCGAUAUUGAGGCUUUAUUUUUUUGUAUAUUGAGGCUGCUGCUUCCUUCCUUAAUGUGAAACGUUUUUAUUAUAGAAAAAUCGUGUUAACAAGAAAAAUCAAAGUGUGAUUAAAGAAAACAGUGAUUAAAAAAUUAAAAGUGUGCUGUGCAGUAAAUCUAGAAAAAAAACAACAAAAACAAAUAAAUUUUUCUACAACACUAACCCUUCCCCACAAAAUAAAAACAACAACAAACAGGUGCGAAAUCAUCGUUCUUAGAACUGUAACAAACACUUAACUGUAUUUGACCACAACAUGGCUUGGGGUUAUUGGAGCGCCACCACAGUGGAUCGUGGUCGUUCGCCACGCCGCAAUACGCAGUGUACACCGCUACCGGUGAAUUUAAUGCAACAGGAAGAGGAUAACACGCAACAUGCUUCAGCAGCCGCAGCGGCAUCAGCUGCAAACAGCAGCAAUACUGGAAAUGGUAGCGGCGGCGGUGGCAAUUCGAAUACCUGCCCGAAUACACCUUCCGGCACGCAAGCGAAUCUCUGUUACAGUCCAACGUGUCGCAGUCGCUGCAGCAGCCCCUGCCCGGGCAGUCCGUGUCCGGGUAGUCCAUGCGGUUCGAUUACACCGCCACCGCCGCCACAAUUGACGUCGUCGCAACAGCAUUUGCAUCAGCAUUCGAAUAAGAAUUGUCCGGCCGCACAGCAAAUACUCAAUUUGGAUGAUUAUCCGUCGCGGCGGCAAUCGUUGGAUCGCCUGGAUAGUCCACAGUCGAAAUAUUUCGGUCUGCAGGCCAAUCAACUGUCGGAUAUAUUGUGUCGCGGCGCCGUCGUCUCAUCCAUACAAUCGGCCAAUAAUACGUUGACGCGUGGCGUCUCACUGCACAGCCGCAGCGGUAGCGCUCACGGUAGCAUUCAUGGUGGUAGUCAUCACGGCAGCUAUGGCGGUGGAGGUGGCGGCGGAACCGGCAGCGCACACGGUUCCAUGGGUUGUCUGCAAGGCAGCAUGGGACAUUUGAUGGGUGCUGGAGGCAUUGGCGGCGGCAUCGGUGGUGCUAGCACCAGCGGCAGCGUCGGCAUGCUGUCGGGCGCAAUUGAUACCGGCGACUAUGAUGUGCCGCAUCCGCAUCCCUAUACGCAUCAUUAUAUGCAGACGUCGACAUCGAUAACGCCGCCACAUUCCACAAUGAGUUUGAUCGGUUCACGACCCGGUUCGGCCGGUGCUUGUCCGGGUCAUGAUUCGGGCUCAGACUCGAGUCAAGGCUGCGGCUCUACAAUGGGUGGCGUUGACGUUCGCGUUGCGGGUGCCAUGCAUGGCAUGGGCGCCAUGAGCAUUGGCAGUGGUCAUGCUGGCCAUAUGAUCGGCGGUGGUGGCGGUGGCGGUGUUGGUGUUGCCAUGGGCAUGGGCAUGAUUGGCGCUGGCAUGAGUGGUCAUCAUAGCGGUGGCAGCGGUUCGUUGGGACGCUGUUCAAGUCGUUGUCAUAAUACAAUGAAUACAACAACAAACACCACCACCACCACCACUGAUGAUUCGGGCGGUGGCAGCGGUGGUAGUGGUGGCAGCGUUUUUAUCGGCAGCUGCCGCAUGGGUCCAACCACUAGUGGUGUCGGCGGCGGCGUCGGCAUGGGUGUUGGCAUCAAUGUCGGUGGCGGCAUGGGUGGCAUUGGCAUAAUAGAGAAUCCACAUCGCAGCAGUUUACAUGGCAGCGAGGGUAGCGGCUUGAAUGUUUGCGGCAUGGGCGGUAGCGGUGGCAGUGGCGGUAGUGUUGGCGGUCGCAGCAGUACACUCGGCACCAUACACAAUGGACAUCAUCAUCAUCAAUAUCACCAUGAAUGUAUACACUAUGAGCGUCUACCUAUACCUGUUCCUAUACCGACUGUGCCAAUGCAACAGCAACAACAUUUGCAUUCCGAAGAAGAAAUCGAACCAGCCUAUGCAACAGUAUUUCCAAAUGUACCUUCUGCACCUGGCCUGUCUUGUGAUGGAGAAGAUCGCAGCAUCUACAGACGUGGCGCACGCAGAUGGCGCAAACUCUACCGAGUCAACGGACACAUUUUCCAAGCCAAACGCUUCAAUCGACGCGCCUUCUGCGCCUACUGUCAGGACCGCAUCUGGGGCUUGGGACGGCAAGGUUUCAAGUGCAUACAAUGCAAGCUGUUGGUGCACAAAAAAUGCCAUAAACUCGUACAGAAGCACUGCACCAACGAGCAUGUGGAGCCGUUAGUCAAAGAACGCGACGACGCUUUCGCCGAACAGCUGCCGCAGGUGUUGCCACCGCUGCCCGAUUAUGCGUCGCAGGCGAGUGGCAGUGGCCACGGUGGCUUGUUGGAUGCCUCUGAUCCAUUGGCAGCGCUCGAAAUACAACCGCAUGAUGGACAAAUGCAACAACAGCAGCAGCAACAUCAGAAUAUUGAAGAACAACUGGAGCCGGGCACACAACGGCAAUACUCGAUAAACGAUUUCGAAUUGAUACGCGUCAUUGGACGUGGCAGCUACGCCAAGGUCUUGAUGGUUGAGCUCAAGAAUACUGGGCGUAUUUAUGCGAUGAAAGUGAUUAAGAAAGCGCUGGUCACCGAUGAUGAGGAUAUCGAUUGGGUGCAAACGGAGAAGCAUGUCUUCGAGACGGCAUCGAAUCAUCCGUUCUUGGUCGGUUUGCAUUCGUGCUUCCAGACACCGUCGCGGCUGUUCUUCGUGAUUGAGUUUGUGCGCGGCGGUGAUCUUAUGUUCCAUAUGCAGCGACAGCGUCGUCUGCCCGAGGAGCAUGCGCGCUUCUAUGCGGCGGAAAUCAGUUUGGCAUUGAAUUUCUUGCACGAGAAGGGCAUUAUUUAUCGUGACUUGAAGUUGGACAAUGUGCUGCUCGAUCAUGAGGGUCACAUCAAGUUGACCGAUUAUGGCAUGUGUAAGGAGGGUAUACGUCCCGGUGACACGACCUCCACCUUCUGCGGCACACCCAAUUAUAUAGCGCCAGAGAUUUUGCGUGGCGAAGACUAUGGUUUCUCGGUGGAUUGGUGGGCGCUGGGCGUGCUCUUGUACGAGAUGUUGGCCGGUCGCAGUCCAUUCGACAUAGCUGGCGCAUCGGAAAAUCCCGAUCAGAACACUGAAGAUUAUCUGUUCCAAGUGAUUUUGGAAAAGACCAUACGUAUACCGCGUUCACUGAGCGUCAAGGCUGCGUCGGUGUUGAAAGGUUUCCUUAAUAAAAAUCCAGCCGAUCGCUUGGGUUGCCAUCGUGAGUCCGCCUUCAUGGACAUUGUGAAUCAUCCAUUCUUCAAGAGCAUCGACUGGGAAAUGCUCGAACGCAAACAAGUUUCGCCACCAUUCAAACCGCGCUUAGACUCUGAUCGAGAUCUAGCCAAUUUCCCACCCGAAUUCACAGAGGAAGCUGUACAGCUGACGCCCGAUGAUGAUCGCGUCAUUGAUAAGAUAGAUCAAUCGGAGUUCGAAGGAUUCGAAUAUGUGAAUCCGCUGCUGAUGUCCUUAGAGGAUUGCGUCUGACACCACGAGUCAUGUGAUUUGCAUCCCUAUAAUAUGCGUUUAUAUGGCGAGGACUCCAGUGAUUAUGACUCAGUAGCUGAUGAUUUAAGUAUUUUGCAAUUGCACGCACCGCCACCAAACACCGCUAAUAAUAAUCUAACGAAUCUUCGUAUGCAGCAGCAACAGCAACAACAACAUUUACAACAACAUCACCAACAGCAACAACAACAGCAUCUACAAAUGCCACCACUAAAUCAGAAUCCCAAUCAUAGUCAGAGUAAUCAUCAUAACGCACAUGUUUUGCCUUCCAUUAAAUUAAAGUAAACACAAGAAAAUUGCAGAAACAAGAAAUACAAAAAAAAAAAAAAAAAACAAAUAAAAUAACAAAAAAAGAAAAUUGGAAACAGAAAAUCAUAGAAAAUCAUAAAACCAAUAACGACAAGCGUAAAGUGAAAAAAAAUAAAUUUAAAGCUGAUGCAAGCAUGAAAACAAAAACAAAAUUAUAAAAAAUACAAAAAAUUACAACAACACAGCUAGCGCGGAUGAAACACUUUCAAAAGACACACGAACAAAAUGUGACAACAACUAUAGCAGCAACCACAAGAACAACAAUAACAACAAUUACUACAACUACCACAAAUAUACAACAACAGCCAGUUAUUUGUAUAUGUAUUUUUGAUAGAGAGCAUAAUUGAAUGCGUCUUUGUGACAUGAAAAUGUUGCAGCAACAUGUUGCUCGGCAAAAAAAAAAAGAAAGAAAAAGGCAAUUGAAGGUACUUUUGUUACAAAAUAGUAAAUUAUCAUUUUAUAAAUUUUGAAAAAAUUUUUUCUAAUAAUUUUCGAAAGUUAUUGCAGUGCAAAAUUUUUUCGAAAAGAUUUGAAAUCAAAUUUCGAAAAAAAAUUUUACUUAAAUUUGAUUGAAUUUUUUUUCUAUUUUAUUUGAAAACUUUUUUGUCUAGUUAAAAUAUAAUUUUUGUAUUGCAAAGCUUGUAAAUUUUGAUCUUCUAUAUUCUUGCAUCUUCUAUAAAUCUAUAAGAUACUGAAACUCACCACAAAAUGAUUUCUAAGUAAAUUUAACUUUUUGGAAUAUUGAAAACCAAUGUGUAAGCUGUAACAACUGGCCGCAUUUUCGAAAUCGUUUAUUGUGAAGUCAUUGGAAUCAACGAAAAUGAUUAUUCUAAACCCAAAAGAUUGUAGCUCUGGUAAAUUUUUUUAAAAUCGUUGUAUACUUUUGGCCUUUUUUAGACAAAAGAAUUUUAAAUGAUUUUUUAAGUAAGAAUUUCGAAAGUUAAAUAAGAAGUUCGAAAUACAAUGUUUGAAAAUAACGUUAGUUUUCGAAUAACGUUGCAUACUUUUUGGCUAUUUUAAAUAUAUUUUUUUUAAUUAAGAAAUGCGAAAGUUAAAAACUAGUAGUACAAUGUUCGAUAAUAGUGAUUCUUCGAAGUCUCUUUUUGAACUCACAUAAUUUUCUCGAAUAUCGUUGCAUAUUUUUUGGGUUUUGCAAGUAAAAUUUUAAGUAGAGGCUGGAUCCAAGAUCAUAUAUUUAAAAUUGAAGCAAAAUACUAUCCGAUAAAAAUUUUGCUGAACACAAUUUUUUUUUAUUAAUAUUUACCGAUUUUUAGUAUCGUGAGUUUUAUGGGAUUAUAUACCACGAUUUUAAUGCGAAUUUAUAAACUAAAAUUUUAAUUACAGUAACAAACAAUUUAUUUUUUGGUUAAACAACUUUUUUGUUUCUCUUUGCAUGCGAUUAUGUGUUUUAUUUGAUUAAUUUAAUUUUUCUUUCAUCUGAAAAGUAUGCAACGGUUCGAAAUUGUGGACUUAUUUGUGUUGCUUGCAUUCAUGAAAAUAGUAUUUACUCGUAAGAAGCUUUUAUCCGUAAUAAUUGCAGCAAAGAGUUUUUGAAAUCAUUUUGCAACGCUAAAAAAUCAAUUUCUACUUAAAACGAUGCCUACAUUUAGGUGCUAAAUGGCUGCCAGGUCACUAUGUUUGUAUUUGUUUUUCUUUUUUGUAGUUGUUUUUGUUUGAGAAUGUGUUUGAAAGCAUAAUAGAAGCAAGUAAUGAAAAGAGAGUGACACUGAAAAAAUAAUAUUUAUUAAAAUAAAAUACUGUUGUGGUUGAAGAUGCUGAAAAAAAUAUUAAAACUAAUGUGGUCAAUAGGAAAUUUGUAAGCAAGAAAAACACGCUGUAACAGUUAUUUAUGUGCGCAUGCGAAGAUGGUGGCAGUUAAUGUUAAGACGCAACUGAAAGGUUUUUUAAUAUUAGCAUAAAAUAUAAAUUAAUAAAUAAAAAAAUAAUGAAAAAUUAAAAAAAAAAAUAUAUAAAUUAAAAACGCAAGAACGAACAACUAAAUAAAAUAUUAUGACAUUUUAGCAAAGCAUGUUGGCGUAAAGUAACAAACAAAAAAAUCACAACAUACAUACAUACACAUACAAAUAAAUAAAAAUAAAAAUUAAAAUAAAAAAAAAACAAAAAAACAUUAAUUUAAGGCAUGCCAAGUAAUUAUGUAAUUGCAAUUGUAAUGUAUGUUUGGCGCGCCCAAAGCGGCAAGCGAGCAAAACUAAAACACAAUUAGCGCGAUUAUGUGAAAAUUAAAAUAGAAUUUUCAAAAUAUUUUACUUUUUAAAACAAACACAUUCACUCACUCACUCACAUACAUACACACACAUACGAUGGUACUUUAGUCUAGAUUUACUGCUAAAUAAAUUAAUAAAUAAAAAAUGGAAACAACAAAUUAAUUAAAUAAAACUAUGUAUUGUACUACAACUACGACUACAGCAAAACUACUAUUAUUACUAAAUAUAUUAAUAUGUAAGCAAGAAAGUAAAUUCUAAAACGAUUUGAAUAACGCAAAUAUUAUUAUUAUUAAAUAUAAUUUUUUGAAUUUUUUUAAAACAAUAUUACAUAAUACGCAUGUGUAUCGCUGUUGUAGUUUAAUUAAAAAAAAGUAACGGUAAUUGUGUUCGAAGUUCACUUAAAUUUUUAUUACUUUAGAAAUUGUUCACCACUUUUUUCAAGCGCACGUAGUGUAAAAGGAUUCAUUUAUUCGUUUACAAGACAUUCCGGUUUAAUUGGUAGCGGUAACGUAGUCGGUUUUAUGUUCGAAAAACGAUUCUUGUCGCAAAAAAUUGUCUGAAAGUAUUUAAAUAUGCUUUAUACAGCUAAAACAACAAAAUACUAAUUUUCGAAAUUUCGAACAUCAUUCGAAUAACAUAUGUUCGAAUGUUCGAAAAAAUAUUUCAAAUUUUUGUAAUCAAAAUGUCAUUGUGAAAUCUUUUUUGUUGUGUUUUGAGCACUUUUUCGACUUAAAAUUUUGUAAAUUCGAAAUUCGAACAUAAUAAAUAUCGUUUAUUUUUACGUUUAGCGAAGAUCAGCAGUACACAUGCGUGUCAUAUUACAAAAAAAUAUUAUUUUUGCCUUAACUUAUGUAUGCUUGUUUUCUACUUGAAAUCUGUUUCCGAAAACUAUGUUAUAGGAAAAAUAGUAUAUUCGAAAAAAAAUUAAAAAAAAAUCAACAAAUUCAUACGUUUUCUAAUUCGAAAAAAAAAACGAAACUUCGAAAAACAUUCCAACUGUACUUAAAGUGACAUUAUUUUAUAUUUAUCCAAAAUUUUAUCCCAAGUAAAUUGCAUUUUUUUAACAAGAUUUUGUGUUAAAUGUAAAUUACAUACACACACAUACAUUCACACCAUGCAAUGUUAUGAAUAUAAUUUAAUUAAGUAGUAGUUAAAUUAAGCGUAAAAUUAAUAUAAAACAUGAAUAUUCUAAAAGAAGCAACACCCUUAAUAUUAUUAUUAUAAUUAUUACUAGAAACAAGAUGAACAAAGCAAAAACAAAAACAAAAACAAAAAAAUAAAAAUUAAAAUUAAAAAAUCACAAAACUGAUUGAUAAAGUAAACUUAAAAUCAAAGUUUAGUGCGCAGUGCAAAGGCAACUUUUAAUGUUUCGAUUAAGCUAAGACAUAAAAGAAAAAUACAUGAUUACAAUUACAUACAUACUCUUAUGCUAACAACUCGAUAAUUAAGUUCGAAAAAAAUAAUUCUAAAACUGCAAAUAGUUAAAGUAAAACAAAAAAAAUUUCGACACUUACAUACAUACAUACAUACAUGCAUGUUGUUUUUGUUUGUUUUUUGGUAAACAGUGUGUUCCUUGUGGAAGAAUAACCAAAAUUUGUGUGCACCAACCAACCAGUUGUCAACAUUAUUAUUUGAGACUUUUGCCAGCGGAAGGAGGUGAAAACGAAAUGUAAUAAUGUCGCAUUUGUGCAAGUCUUAUUGGAGAGGUACUAUAUGAGUUGAGCGCUUUUAAAAUGUAUUUAUUUAGAUUUAAAAUUUUAACAUAUUUUUGAAAGUUCGAAAAUGAUAAAUUUUCAUAAAUUCAUGUGAUUUUAACAAUAUAUCACUGAUAUAUUCAAAUUGAGUUUUUAAUGUAUUUUUGAUUGUAUUUUAUAUUAAAAAAAAUGUUUCAAAAUUAAUUUUCGAAAAAAAAAAUUUUCGAACUUCAAAAAAAGUAACACUAAUCUCAAAUUGUGCUUUUAAAAUCAUUUUUUAAAUUUAAAUUUUUUCAAAAUAAAUUUAUUUUCGAACUUCAAAAAAAGUUACACCAAUCUCAAAUUGUGUUUUUAAAAUAAUUUUUUAAAUUACAAAUUUUUCAAAAUUAAUUUUCGAACUUAAUUUUUUUUCGAACUUCAAAAAAAAUUUACACUAACCUCAAAUUGUGCUUUUUAAACACUUUUUGUAUUGUAAUUCUUAAUACGUCACACUCUCUUAUAUAUGACUUGCAUAAAUGCGGUUUUAGUUAAGGCUAAGUUAAAAAGUUACACAAAAAUAAAAUUAUAUACCGAGUCUCAACUCAUGCAAACUAAAUAUUUGUUAUGCACAAAAAAAAAAUAUUUGUUUAUAAAACUAAAUAGUAUUAAAAUUAAAAGAAUGUAAUUUUAUUAAACAAAAAUAAUGCGGACUUUUGACUAUGGAAGACACUUAAGUAACAUAAAUCAGAAAGUUUGAAGUUUCUUUGUUGUUGUAGGGGAGCGGUGUGUAGGGGAUUAUGCGAGAGUAUUUCACAAAAAGGUAAGAUUAUUGGCUUUAACUCAAAUAUUCAAAAUCCGGUGAAUCAAAUUUCAGUUUUCGAUUUCGACACAAUUUGUUCUUCGAAUAAAAGAAAAUGUAUUCUGCCAUCUUCGAAAAAUUAUUGGACUAUUUUUCUAAUUAAGAUUUUUCAAAUCGAUUAAUUCUGGUAGUGAGUCUCUUAACAAAUAAAAUUGUUUCAAAUUUCUUGCAGAGCUCCGAUUCUUUGAAGAACAACCGGAUUGAACCCGUUAUUUUUAGCACUUAUUUUGCUAAGAUUUCAACGUCUAAGAUUACGUCUUGAAGAAAUUUCAUCUAUUCUAUAUGCCGACCAGUAAUUCGAAAUUUGAAUUUUCGAAUUUCGCAAUUUUUUGAAAAAAAUACCCUUUAUUCGAUAUUGGGCAAUAAUUCCAAAUUUCGAAUUUUUGAAAAUUUCCAGAUUUUCAAAAUUGUGCUUAUAUUUAUUUUAAAAUAAUAUUACAUCAAUUCCUACACACCGCUUCCAUAUUUAACAUCACCAUAGACAUUUUUUCAGAUAAAAAAAUUUAAAAAUAUUAAAAUUCAAUUGAAAUUUCAAAAAAAAUAAUUAAUAAAUAAAAUUUCCAAUUAACUUCAACAAAACCGCCAGUAUUUCUUUAUAAAUCUAUGUAUGUGUGUAAUUAAGUUUGUACUCGUAUUUUUCGCACACACUAUUUACCUGAUGUACUCACUCGUCCGCUGCUCAUAUGCCUUCGAAUUUUAAUUAAAUUAAAUCUAUGUAACUGUGUAUUGAAACAUACUCGUCGUACUCCUUUGUAUGUGAUAGUCUAAUGUGUCUGUUUCACACUUUAUUUCCAGUUAUCAUUAUUCUUUUUAUUAUCAUUAUUAAAUAGUGUUAUUAUUAAAGUAUAAAACUAUUAAAUUAUAUACCUACGAUUAACUGAAUACUUAAAAGACCAGUACACAUACUUCGAAAAUUAGUAUAUAUACAUUCAAGCAUACAAUUCUUAAAUAUACAUUUAAAUAUAUAAUAUAUAGAGGGAGAGUAUUAACAAAAUAAUAAAGGUCUUUAUUUGUAUUGAUAUGUAUGAAAUUUUCGAUUUAGCAAAAGCAAAAACAAAAAAUGAAAACGAGAAAGCAAAAAAGUAUUUAAAAUGAUAAUGAAAGACAACUAACGAGGUUGAAAACUAAUUAUAUAUAUACUUACAUACAUAAAUUAAACGAAAAUAAAAAUCACGAAAAAAAAUUUAAAAAUA